CAACAAACCAACAAGGAGGCUAGUGAGAAAAUGGCGGGUGUGGAUAAAAGCUUGCUUGGCCUUCUUAACGGCAUCGCAAAGCGAGAAUACUAUGGAGAAGAGGGAAUAGGUGAUGAUUUUCUCCACGAAGGAUUAUUUCCAGAUCUGGACGAGUCAAGUUUUAUCGCGUAUCUUAAAAGGUUUGAUGGUCUUGUUAAAACAAUGGCUAACUCCGACAUGGACUUCCGACAGCUCGAAGCCUUCCUUACGUCACAAAUGAAACGAAGAGAAGGUGCCCUCAGCGAAGAACAAGCUGCAGCUGUUACAAAGUUUUGGAAGAAUCACAAGGGAAAAAUUCAUGAUGUUGUCACCAGUCAAAGCACUUUUGGGAACAAGCUGCAACAAACAAACUGGAGAAUUGAUUUGAAAGCACAUAGUAGAUAUCUGGAACAAAUUAACACACCUGUUGCAAUCUAUGAGCUAGAAUUUGAAAAUAAAAGUAGUCAAAAUGGGCUGGGAAAAGUAAGAUUUGAAAUGGAUGCUGAUCAGCUGAAUGAAAUUCUAUGCAAGGUUGAAAAGAUCAAAGAGAAAAUUAGAGACUUUAGUAAAGAAUAACAUUUUUCUAGAAAUGGGAAGUCUUUAGAAUAUGUAAUUAAUUCAAAUUUCCAAUACUCUCUGUUUUGUAAAUAAUAUAGAAAUUUAUACUUUAUGAAAUCUAAUUUUUUGUUAACAUUUGAGUCUUUUUAGUUUCUAUCAAACGUAUACAUACUUUUGGGGGAACUAAAGAUGUAGUAGUGUUUAAGACAUGGCAUAAAAUCUAUCACACUAAACCCUGAGUCUCAAAGUGCCCCUCUAAAGCCUUGGCCAAACCGGCACAACAUUUCGUCCAACAAUGUUGGGUAUAAAUGUUGGGCCGGUUUGGCCACCUGUUGGACGAUGUUGGGUGUUGGGCAAAGUUUGACUUUGAUAAAAAAAGGUUGGAAACUGUUGAACGAUGUUGGGAUGGUUUGGCCACGCUGUCCAACAAAACUGUGUUCAUGCAAGUGCAGUAAUGAGAGGCCGCCAUAACUUGAUUUGUUUUGAUUUAGUUAGGAAGAUGUGACAAACGAUAGAAACUUAACAUCAAAGGAAAAAUCUGCUUUAUGAAAUGCGGCAGCUUUCGUCAAACAAAGAAGACAAUAAAAGAAUGUGCUUUUGUUUGAUUAUGUUCUCAAAUAACCCCCUUUUGUGUCUUUUCUUGAUCUAUUUUCUACUCUUGCAUCCCUUACUCUCUUUGUUGCUAUGAACAAAAUUUCAAAUAUAUCCUUGUCCCUUUUUUUAAUCAAGUCCCAUAGCCAUGCUCAAUAAGUGAAUGAGAUUAGGCCUUGUGGAUGCUGUUGAUGAUAAAUUGACAAAUGUUUGAUGAAAUGUUGCGUUGGUUUGGCCACCCCUGCAUUCAACAAUGUCCAACAAUGCCAAAAAGUUACCAACAAUGUUGGGAUUUUUGGACAAAAUGUUGCACUGGCUUGGCCGGGGCUGAAAACAACACAAGCUUAUUUAAAUGCAUGGCAUAAUUAACUUUGAGGAUACAAAUUUUAUGAUUGACCUUCAAGAUAAAUUGAAAAUCACAGAAAAGUUUAUCAAACACAUUAGAAGAAGUGAGACAUGAUAAACUGUAAAAACUCUCAAAUUAUUAAGAAUCUCUGGUUUUUGUAGAUAUAAUUUGGUCAAGACCUUAUCAGACAAAACUUAGUAAAUGCUCCGUUCUCAAAAAAAGUAUGCAUGGAAGCUUUUUUAUGUAAGAAAAAACACCAGCUGACUUGCAGGGAAUAAUUCAUAAAUCUUUGAACUAGAAUUUUCAAAUCAACUCGAAAACAAUGCUACAUUUCAAGAAAUAAAGUUCAACUAGAAUCUUCAAAUCUUAGAAUUCCAUUAUAUUCAGAAAUAUCUAAGAUAUUUAUCUCCAUGGUAUUUCAGCGCCUAAGAAAUCUUGUUUGAUUCCAAUCCUACUAAUUUCAACCAUUUAUGUACCAAAGUAAGAUCAAAUGACCCACAUUUUCAAAUACUUUAUUCACAUUGCCAAAAAGUUUAAAAAUCUUAUAUUUUUUUCUUCAUCAUAUACAGUAGAAUCCCGUUAUAAUGUACUCAGUUAUUACGUACUUUCAGAUAUAACAUACUGGUUUGCUUGUUCCCAGCAAAAGAUGUGCUUGGUUUUAGUCUGGUUACAACAUACUAGUCUGGUUACAACUUUUACUUACCCUGGUUACAACAUACUUCGGAUAUAACCUACUUAAUACCCUGGUCCCUAAAGUAUGUUAUAACUUGAUUAUACUGUAGGGCCGAAGACAUUUUCUUUGCUAUUUUUAAGUAAUAUUAGAGGUCAAGAUGGCUUUUUUUAUCUAUUCUUUAUACCGUUACAUCACAGUAACCCCUUAUAGAAAACUCCCAUAUAGUUAGAUUGCCUUUAGACUUGAGGGCUAAUAAAGACUGCUUGCAGAACACCUCAGGUAGGAUAAAGCCUCUGUCCCUGGAAAAUUUCUGCACCAGAGUCGCCUUAUACUAAACUAAAUAAACUUUAAGAUCAUUUCCUUUAAAACUUUCCUAUCAAAACUUUCCUGAACUUUCAAAUAAGUAAUAAUUCAAUUAUGCAUCUCUUUCUAAAUUCAAUUCAUCUAUAAAAAGUGUUUUCAUAACAAUAUGAAAUCAUCGAACAAUGAACAAAGAAAAGUAACUUUAUUUUUUUACAAAUUAAAGUGGAUAAAAGCCUUUGGAGCCAGAUAAACAGCAGCAAAACCAACUGCAGUGUAGGUGAUAAAAAUGUAUGUCAACUCAACAAACAGCCUUUUAUUUAGUGAUUCAUCUGAAUUUGGGACCAAAGCACCCAGUAUCUUCUUGGUGGUGAAUGUGAAAACAAGCUUCACUGGAAAAAUAAUCAUAACACCAACCAAAAAUCUUGUAAAGAAACUUCCAAGUAGAGGAAAUGCCGAGCUCAGGGAAGUUGAAAAAAGCUUGAAUGGUGCACCAUCAUAUGGAUCUGGAAUGGGUAGAUUUUCAAAGUAGAAGGUAAUCCAGCCUGCCAACAUAGCUCCGGUUCCACCACAUAAGAUUCUAGUAGUAUCUCCUCUUGCUCUUGUCCAUUUGUCACAAGAAGGAUACAUCAGGAUCAUGGCAAGAGAUGCCAAAACAAUGUAGAUACCCGCAUAUGGACUCUUUAACAUUCCUUCUGCUCCUUCAGUAAUGAAUGGCAAGCAGAAUGAUAUCACCAUCAAUGAAACACACAAACCGCCCACAAUGUCCUG